GGGCGGGGCGGCAGCGCGGCCCGGGGGCUCCCCGCGGCACAGGCGGGGCCAGGGCCGCGAUGCUGCCGGCGCUGCCGGACGGCGACGAGCGGGAGCCGGAGAGCAGCGAGGAGGGCGGCGGCGCGGGCGAGGAGCGGCGGCCGGAGCGGCACGGCUGCACCUACCACGGCCUCUAUGGCUACCGCAGGUCCGCGCAGCAGGGAGCCGCCGGCGGGGAUGGCAGUGCCGGCGGCGCUGUGGCACACACACCUUCCACCGAAGACUUCAGCCUCUCCUUGCUGGACACCAACUUGCCAGCUGAAGCAGAGACGGAGCUGCGCAGUUUCAUUGCUAAGCGUCUUACUAAAGGAGCGCUGUUUGAAGGAAUGGGCAAUGUAGCAUCAGUGGGACUGAGCAUACCAGAAGGUAAAGUUGGUUGUUACUACUGUCGUUUCCAACAAGAAAGUCUUCUUGAAAUGGCAACACUGGAAUCAGACAUCAAUGCUCCAGAAUAUGUGGUGUGUUUCUUAGGUGGCUCAGAGAAAGGCCUGGAACUUUUCAGACUUGAGCUGGACAAAUACAUUCAAAAUCUGAAGAUAAACCUUGAUUUGGAGCAAAAGAACUUGGAGGCCUGUGUUAGCCCCUACCUGAGGAGCUGGUUUGAGGAUGCCAUCUGCCCUAUCCAGAGGGUAGUGCAGCUUUUCCAGGACAAACUUGCCUCUCUGCUGCACGCUGCUCUGAGUUACACUCCUGUAGAAGUCAAAAAUGCAGAUGAAAGAACAGAAAAGGACAUCAGCAGGUUCCUGGCAGCUGCCAGCCUCCAAGGACUUGUCCAGGAAGGCACAAUGACCUCGCUGUGCAUUGCCAUGACAGAGGAACAGCACAAGAACAUGGUUAUAGACUGUAGUGGACCUCAGCCCCAGCUGCAUAAUGCAGGAAGCAACAGAUUCUGUGAGGACUGGAUGCAAGCUUUCAUGAAUGGUGCUGAAGGUGGAAAUCCAUUUCUCUUCCGGCAGAUUUUGGAAAACUUUAAAUUGAAGGCUAUCCAGGACAUUAACAACCUGAAGAGGUUUAUCCGCCAGGCUGAAAUGAACCACUAUGCCUUGUUCAAGUGCUACCUGUUCCUAAAGAACUGUGGCAGUGGAGACAUCCUGCUGAAGAUUGUGAAAGUGGAACAUGCAGAAAUGCCAGAAGCCAGGAAUGUAGUGACUGUCCUGGAGGAAUUCAUGAGAGAAACACUAGUGGCUUAAAAUUAUGUUAUGUAUAAAUCAUUUAUUUCUUCUGUGCAGCUACUGCAGGAUUUUUAAUUUAUAUUUAAAAGUAUUGCCCAAGUCAAACUUUAGUUGCAGUUUCACCUGCCUUUUCUUGUUUUUAGACAAAGCACUAUGAGCUUUUUAAUGUGUAACUAUCAGAUAAUACAAACUCCUGCAGAGUUUUCAGAUUCUCCAACUUGACUUGCCCCUGUUCUGAGGAUAUCAUGACAUUUGAUUUUUACAGUCAUUGCAAAACCAAACCCAAAUCCCUUACUUGGCAAUAAUUUCACUCUUUUAAAUAUUUUAAAUAUAUUUAAAAUCAUUUAGAUCUGGCUACUUCAUUUUAAUAAAGAAGUACAAACAUCUGGAUAGAUCCAAAUAAUGAAUUGUUAUAGUUUAGAUAAGAGAACCUAGGUACUGAGUCUGUAGCUGGUUUCUGCUUUCAAACUGCCAGUUUGUUCUGCUGCCACUGGAUCCACAAGUUGGUAAUUGGUAUGAACAGAGCUGCCUGAACCAUUGCAGUGAUCAGUUUGUAUGUGCCUGUGUGUGUGCAUACACACACAACUGCUAUCUGAAAUUCCCAGGCUAUUUGAUGUAUCCCCUUCUUCCUUAGUCUGAGAUGUGAUCAAGCCCUUCCUUGUACAUUCUUAUAUUACGGUUUUGCAUAACUCUAAAUAAUCCUGUAUUUUUCAAUCACGAAGAAACUACAAUGUUCCCACAUUUAAUAUUAAGGCUUCUUCAGAAUUUGAAGUAAAUUAACUUCCCAAAUUAAUUAGUCAGACUUUAAAACAUUUCGCUGUAUCAGCAAUGGAUUCUUACCCACAUCAUGGGACACAGGCAGCAGAAUACCUGAACGAAAUCUAUGGCUACAGCUGGAAAAAAAACUCAUGGAGUCUCUGAGUAACCUCAUAAAGAGGGCAAUUUCUGCAAAGCUGAUACAAGCAGAAUUCCCUGUUGGUUCCCUUUGGAGCAGAGGGUGUUUGAACUCCUCCUGCAACAGUGCCUGUAACUAAUGUGAUUCAGUGUGACUUGUGCUGGUGCUCUGUACUGUGAGGGCAGGAGUUGCUGCUUUUCUGUGACACCACUAUGUUGAACCUAUAAUAAGGUUGACAAUAAAACACCUUGAAAUCCUCAAUAGUCUGCCUAUAAAUUGUCAA